AGGUGAUGGUGUACAAUGAGUGUGUGUUUACUGCUGUUCAUUUACGUUGUUUUUUUCCACAUCUUCCAGGAGAGUUUACCUCAGGCUGUGGAUCAGACCUUCUCUCUGUGUAUCCCUCCUCCAAACGUGACGGGGACUCUGCACCUCGGUCACGCUCUCACUGUGGCUGUGGAGGACGCUCUGGUCCGAUGGAGGAGGAUGCAGGGCUACAGAGUCCUCUGGGUCCCCGGGUGUGACCACGCAGGCAUCGCUACACAGAGUGUGGUGGAGAGGAAGCUCCUGAGGGAACAAGGGAGGAGCAGAAAGGACUUCUCGAGAGAGGAGUUCCUGCAGGAGAUUUGGAAAUGGAAGAACGAGAAAGGAGAUGAGAUCUACCAGCAGCUGAGGAGGAUGGGAGCCUCUCUGGACUGGAGCAGAGCCUGUUUCACUCUGGAUCCAAGUUUCAGCCGAGCGGUGACCGAGGCCUUCGUCCGUCUCUCCGACUCCGGUCUCAUUUAUCGCUCUGAAGCGUUGGUCAACUGGAGCUGUGCACUGGAGUCGGCCAUCUCUGACAUCGAGGUGGACUCUCAGGAGCUGUGUGGACAGACCAUGCUGUCUGUUCCUGGUUACGACAACAAGGUGGAGUUUGGGACGAUGGUGACAUUUGCGUAUCCUCUGGACGGACACGACGGGGAGGUGUGUGUGUCCACCACCCGACCCGAGACCAUGCUGGGAGACGUGGCUGUUGCCGUUCACCCCGACGACCCUCGAUAUCAGGCUCAUCAUGGGAAACAGCUCAGACACCCGUUCACUGACAGGCUGCUGCCCGUCAUCACUGACCGCACAGUGGACAUGCAGCUGGGAACAGGUGCGGUGAAGGUGACUCCGGCUCACGACCACGCUGACUUCCUGCUGUCUCAGAGACACUCGUUGCCUCGCCUCACUGUGAUCUCAGGAGAUGGGACCAUGUCGCCCCCCUGUGGACACUGGCUGCAGGGAGUGAAGCGUUUUGAUGCCAGACAGCAGGUGGUCGACGCUUUGAUGGAGAGGAAGCUGUUCAGAGGGAAGAAGAGCCACGCCAUGACUUUACCUGUCUGCAGCCGCUCAGGAGACGUCAUCGAACCUCUGCUGAAGAAGCAGUGGUUCGUCCGCUGCGAGGAAAUGGCUCAGAAAGCCGUUCAGGCAGUGGAGGAGGGCGAGCUGGAGAUCAUCCCUCACUCAUACGACAAGACGUGGAAGAGCUGGCUGUCCAACAUCAGUGAUUGGUGCGUUUCCCGCCAGCUCUGGUGGGGUCAUCAGAUCCCGGCGUACAGAGUGCAGCUUCCUGAUUCUACCGACACUCAGCAGGAGGAGUUGUGGGUUUGUGGACGCAGUGAGGACGAGGCUCGGCAGAGAGCGGCUGUUAAAUACGGAGUCAAACAGGAAGACGUCGCUUUGACUCAGGACCCGGACGUCCUGGACACCUGGUUCUCCUCGGGGCUGUUCCCCUUUGCCAUGCUCGGCUGGCCUGACAAGACCCCUGACCUCCAGCGCUUCUACCCCAACUCCAUCCUGGAGACAGGAAGUGACCUCGUCUUCUUCUGGGUGGCGAGGAUGGUGAUGCUGGGCGCCGAGCUGACGGGACAGCUUCCCUUCAGACAGGUCCUCCUUCACUCCAUGGUGAGAGACAAGCACGGCAGGAAGAUGAGUAAAUCUCUGGGAAACGUCAUCGACCCGUUAGAUGUCAUUCAUGGAGUCUCUCUGGAGGUACGGCGCUCCUGUUCAUCGUUUGUUCUCCAUCUCUGAAGAUCAGGCCUGAGU